CCUGCGUAACCAUGUCAAAGCAAUCGCAUUUUGCAAGUCAUACACGUGAUGAUUUCCACGCGACCGUAAUGAAAGUGAAGGAUCCGGCAACCAUGAUCGAAAUGGAGCACAUGGAUGGAGGUUAAAGAUGGCGGACGGGCGGAGGAGUUCCUGGGAUAAGGAUCGAGACCGAGACAAUCGAUCCUCGGACAGUGACCGGAAGGAAGGAAAAUAUGACGAGCCUCCCAAUUCUCGCCUUUUCAUCGUCUGUGGCAAAACUCUAUCUGAAGACGAUUUCAGAGAAAGUUUUCAACGUUUCGGCACCAUCGAGGAGAUCUGGAUGGUCCGGGACCGGACCACGGGAGACCCAAAAGGUGUCACUUACAUAAAGUUUACCAAGACUUCAGAGGCUGCUCUGGCCAUGGAAGAAAUGAAUGGGAAAUGCAUUGGAGGCCAUCCUCGUCCCCUCAAAGUCCUCAUUGCUCACAGUCGGGAUCAGGGUUCGAAACGUGAGAUGAAUGAAGAGGAACGUCUUCUACGUCUCUUCGUGGUGGUGCCAAAAACAUACACAGAGACUGAUAUACGCAAUCAUUUCUCCGAAUUUGGUGAGAUUGAGCACAUCUCAGUCGUGAGGGACCGGCAAACCAAAGAGAGCAAGGGCUUUGCCUAUGUCAAGUAUACAAAGAUGUCUCAUGCCGCAAAGGCAUUUGAGAGCUGUGAACGGUCAUUCAAGGCUGUGUUUGCAGAUCCAAAACCCCAGAGGCAGAUUCAUGCCCCACCACAUUUGAAAUUUGAGCAGGAGUCCUUCACCCCACUGACAACAUCAGCCCCAACUGGGCACAUAGGUCUUGGUAUUCCUACCCCUGGAAUGCAUGCGUUUGACUUCCUACCUCACAAUACUGGACAAAAUCCAGAUGGUACAACACGUCUCACGGUGAUUGCUUCCCCGAACCUCAAUCAAGAUCAGCUUUGGAAGCUGUUUGAUAUUGUCCCUGGCCUGGAUUAUUGUGACCUGAGGAAACCAUCUCAGAAGAGACCAGGCCAGCAGAGUCGUGGUUUUGCCAUUGUGGUGUACAACAAUCCCCAGUCGGCUGCUUAUGCCCUUCAAAAGCUCCAUGGCUUCGAGUAUCCACCCGGCGAGAGGUUGAUAGUCCGCUUUGAUACUUCAGAUUCAUCACCUCUACCUUCUUCACAUGGACCAGGGCAUGGAAUGGGUCCAAGUUCUCCAUAUUCCUCAUUUGGAGUACGUACCCCAGCGCAGUCUCAUCCCAUGUUGGGGUUGAGGCAGCAGACAUCAUCAUCUGGAACUGGGGCUUCAGCCGCAACCUUGCCCAAGGAUCUGGCCGCCUUGGCCGAGACCAUCGUGCAAGCCACGACCAUCAUCCAAGCCGCCGGAUUGGCCGGGGCUCAGGGUGCUCUUCGUGGGGUCUCCAGUCAGCCAAAGUUGGAGUCCCAGUCUAGUAAUGGUCUCAUGACUUCUCAGCUAGACUCCUCUCCAUCUUCAUAUGACCCAUCGUAUUGCUCAGUGAAGCUCCCUUCACCACAGCCUCUUGCUCCCACAGAUUCUCAUGUGGCAGAGAGGCUGUUCAUAGUUUGCAUCCCAACUCCUCCUCCUACAUACGUAUUGAAAGAUGUCUUUGGGAGAUUUGGAGGUCUCAUUGACAUCUACAUGCUUCAUGGGAAGAAUUGCGGGUAUGCCAAGUAUGCAGACAAGGCAGCUGCUGAGCAGGCCAUUUUGACUCUUCAUGGGCAAGAUGUGUGUGGUGCAAGGUUGAAAGUGAUGGAAGCUGAUCCUCAGGACAAGUCUAAUGAUUCAAUAAUGUUCCUUGUGGGUCUCACGGGUGGCAUAGCCAGUGGGAAAAGCAUGGUGGCAUCCAUGUUUCAAGAUUAUGGCAUUCCUGUCAUCAGUGCAGAUGAAAUUGCCAGAGAAGUGGUACUGCCAGGAACAAGGGCAUGGAAGAAGAUCCAGGAAGAAUUUGGUAGUAAAUACAUCACUGCAGAGGGAAUGGUUGACCGCAAGGCUCUGGGCGAUCUGAUCUUCCAAGAUGAAAUAGCCCGAAAGAAACUCAAUGCAAUUACACAUCCUGAGAUAUACAAGCAAAUUGCAUGGCACAUAGUCAAACACUUCUUUCAUGGUCACCAAUUUGUAAUUAUGGAGUUGCCCUUACUCUUUGAAAGUGGAGCAACACUUUCAUUUCUACACAAGAUAAUAGUGGUGACAUGUUCAAAGGAAGAUCAGCUUCAGAGGCUUCAAGAAAGAAACCAGCUGACACUAGGAGAGGCAGAAGCAAGGGUGAAUGCCCAGUGGCCACUGGAUGAGAAAUGUGCUAGGGCUGAUUACAUUAUCCACAACUCUGGAUCCCUGUCAAAAACUGAAGAGCAAGUGACCAGGAUGUAUUUGGAAUUGAAGGAAUCAUAUGCUCAUUUACCAGUGCGUCUCCUAGUAGGGACAGUGGUGCUUGGUGCUCUUUCCACUCUGGCAUACAUGGUAGUCCAUUCUCAUUGAUCUUAACAGUUUUUUAUAGCAUCUCAUGCAGUCUCUAUAGUACCAAACUAUAUUGCAUUCCUGUCUGAUCUCACUUUAUGGAUGACUGUGAUGAAGUAAAAUCAAACAAUACUGG